AAACCAAACAGUCUAGGUACAAAGGGGAUUUGUCAGGGUGCAAUACCCUCCAGGUCCUCAACUUAUUAAACUGUAUGUUUUUGUGCUCUUGUGCUUACUCCAAGCUUUUCUCCAUUUAUACAUCUUUAGUGUCUAGCUAAGCCUGUUCUGGAGAUGGUGAGAUAGCACUGUGUGCCUGAGGAUGGCUACUGUGUGUUAUAUGAUUUUUAUGAAGCUGUUUCCGAGAGAGGUUUUUUUGGAUCAAAGAAUUGCUAAUGAUUUCUGGAGGAGGGAAAAACAGAGGGAGGGAGAAGACUGGGGGAGGGACACAUUCAUUUUGUGAGAGAGAAGAAGAGAGAGAGGCAGACACUAGAAAGAGUGAAAGAAGCGACAGAGAAAAAACAUAAUUUUCUUCUUUUUUUAUUUGUGCUAGUUGUGCAAGAAGCCAAACAACACUCUUGAUUGCUUGUGUGGAUUGAGGAAAUGUAGUGGACAUGAAGAAUACGUUAAAAUAUGCCAAAAUCUGUCGUUUCCUACCGGACCUGUCUGAUGUGACUCUACCGUUGGUUCAAGGUUUGGGGAUUAGUCUUUUGCUCUUAUCAUGUGGGACUUUCUUUUCUGCCUCUCACCCUUUCUAUUUCUGUUAGUCACUUCUAUGUUGCUUCGCUGGCAAAGGCUGUGUCACCUCACUGAACAUGGUGCUCAGCAUCUAGGCUGGUGUGCAUGGAACAUAAUCUGCUGGGUCCUGGAGCUCCCACAGACCGUAGACUUGGGUCCCCACAGGGAAGGGGCAGAGGUUAGGUUGAUCUGCAAGCCCACCGCUCUCGCCAGUUACCUCAUCAAGAACUGUGGAACUCUGACACGACCGCAACUUGCUGGUCGACCCCGCGGUGACCCUCACCUGCAAAUUUUCCUAAAUCUUGUUUGGCCUGUGGAAGAAGGUGUACCAGAGCAGGGUGGGAUCUCCUUCACCCGUGAUCACCUUCUUCUGAGGGAUGGGGGCAUUGUGGCCCUGGACUGGGCAGUGGGAUUUAGAAGUGAGCGAGCUACAGCCAAGCAGGAGCAACAAGUUGGAGUAAAGGUGCUUGGCUAUCAUUCCAGCAACCCUCCUAUUCUCAUUCUAGUCCCCAACGCUUUAGGUCGGAUGACUCCACACUUGCUUAGCUUGUGUUCCGUAGCAUUGCAGCAGGGUUUCUAUCCUGUGGUGUUUCACAGACGUGGCCACAGCGGCUGCCCUCUCUCCACGCCACGCUACCAGGAGUUUGGAGAUCCCUCAGACCUAGUGCAGGCCAUCGCGUACCUUCGGAGCCGUCACCCGUCCUCAGCUCUUGUUGCUGUUAGUGAGGGUUCAGGCUCAGGCCUGUUGCUGUCCUACCUUGGGGAAUGUGGCUCAUCUUCCUAUCUAAUGGCAGCUGCUUGCAUCUCACCAGUGUUCCAUGGACAGCUAUGGUUCGAGACACCUGUACCACAGAUCUACCACUGGGUGGCCCUGUUUUAUCGUAAGCUGCAAAUCAGCAGGUACGCCACUGCUUUGAGCUCAGUAAUGGAUGUUGAGCAGAUCCUGCACUGCCGUUCCCUCAGGGAUAUGGAGGAACUCAUGUUCUGUGCUGCCAAGCAGUCAGCUCACAGGUCGACCGAGCCAGAGACACAGGGUGGAGAGGAGGGAGUGAAAGACCACUCAAAGACCGACUGGGCAGGAUACUGGGAGCGUAACGAGCCGUUGCGUGAUGCUGAUGAGGUGGCUGUGCCUGUGCUUUGCCUGUAUAGCUGUGAUGAUCCUCUUCUGCCUCCUUCUUCCACUUUGCCCAUGUCCCUCUUUCAGAAUAACCCUUAUUUCCUUCUUGCCAUGACCAACAGUGGCAGCCACUGUGGCUUCAUGCAGGAGGGAAAGGGAGAUGCUGGCGCCCUCAUGUGGAGCCACAUGGUAGUGCUGGAGUACUUCAAGGUGGUAGCAGACUUCUUCAGGAUGGAGGAGUGGAAAGUGAACUGUAGAAGAGACACUGGGGUGGGGGACACUCAGGGAGCAAGGAUGAGGACCAGUGCCGCACUACCCCGCAGGAGGAGAGCUUCUCUAGUGAGGAGGGUCAGGUCCACCUCUGGUCCACGGGCACGCUUACGCUGCAGCCACUCUGAAGUGGACACGCUUGAGGAGGAGCAAAGUAUCUUCACCUGGAAUAGGUCAUACACUCGAUGACCAUGAAAACACAAGGGGAAACAUUAAAAUGACAUGAGAAACAGCUCAGAAUGUAAAGGUUUCAGUGAAAGGAUACAGGGAAAGAUUAAACAUGCAUUCAGUUUAGCAGAAAGUAUUUGCCGUCAGAGGCAAAGUAUUUGCCGUGAAGAGGCAAUAGGGUAAAUCUAGACUAGCCGGUCCACCUCUGGCAUGCAAUUAUAUCACUACAGGAUUAAGCACCUGCUGUAACACACUCAGUCCUACUGUGAAGAGGUUCUAAGGUCUUGCUGAGCGUUCAGAGUGGGACAGCAAGUCAUACUACCUUAACACUCUCCAGGAAGAGGCUCACACAAGGUUAAAGGGAAGAAACCAGAGGGACAGAGGCCAGAGAACUGAUUUUUGUGUAUGUGUGUGCAUGCAUGUCUACGGUGGUAGCUGUCAACGAACCUUAACUGAUAAUAGGUGAACAAGACGGUAUUGACAGUCACUGAGAACUCAUUCUAGUUUUUGUGGUGGCCUCCCUCUUUAGUAACAAGUCUAAAGUCUAUGAACGUGCUGCUGGGGUCCUGUGCUCUCAUUAGCUUUGGAGUUUUGUAGCACUCUCACAGGAACUGUUCUUUCAAAACAAUUAAAUGUAUUGAUCUUGACAUAA